AGCGGAGGGGCGCGGAGCGGAGCGGAGGGGCGCGGAGCGGGGGCGGCGGAGGGGCGCGCAGCGAGCGCUAUGCCUUUAACGGCGCGCGGGGCAGGCAUGCCGAGCGCGUAGUGCGGGAAAGUCGAGGCGGGGUUAAAGUUCAGCUCAUGGAGCGGCUCCGCGCUGGCUGCAGUUUGGCAGAGUUGGAAAUGUGAAAGCAAGAAGCAGGCUCGGGGCUCCCCCUCCUCUCCUCUCUCUCUCUCUUUUUUCCCCUCCUCUCUCUCCCUCUCCCUCUGUCUCUCUCCCCCUCUCUCUCUCCCUCUCUCCCCGCACACGCACACCUCCAAACCGCAGCCCCCCGCAGCAGUCAUGUAUUCUCCGCUCUGUCUCACCCAGGAUGAAUUUCAUCCCUUCAUCGAAGCACUUCUGCCUCACGUCCGAGCGUUUGCAUACACGUGGUUCAACCUGCAAGCCCGAAAAAGAAAAUACUUCAAAAAACAUGAAAAACGCAUGUCAAAAGAGGAAGAGAGAGCCGUGAAGGACGAACUGCUAAGUGAAAAACCCGAGGUAAAGCAAAAAUGGGCAUCCAGACUUCUGGCAAAGCUCCGGAAAGAUAUCAGGCCUGAAUUUCGGGAGGAUUUUGUUCUCACAGUCACAGGAAAAAAGCCUCCGUGUUGCGUUCUUUCCAAUCCAGACCAGAAGGGCAAGAUGAGAAGAAUUGACUGCCUUCGCCAGGCAGAUAAGGUCUGGAGGUUGGACCUUGUUAUGGUGAUUUUAUUUAAAGGUAUUCCGCUCGAAAGUACUGAUGGCGAGCGCCUUGUAAAGUCCCCACAGUGCUCUAACCCCGGGCUGUGCGUACAGCCCCACCAUAUAGGAGUUUCUGUUAAGGAACUCGAUUUAUAUUUGGCAUACUUUGUGCACGCAGCAGGACAUUUGGGCUUCCAGGACAGUUUUGUCACAUCAGGUGUUUUCAGUGUGACUGAGCUAGUAAGAGUCUCACAAACACCGAUAGCUGCAGGAACAGGCCCUAAUUUCUCCCUCUCAGAUUUGGAAAGUUCUUCAUACUACAGCAUGAGCCCAGGAGCAAUGAGGAGGUCGUUACCUAGCACAUCCUCUACCAGCUCCACAAAACGUCUCAAGUCUGUGGAGGAUGAGAUGGACAGCCCUGGUGAGGAGCCGUUCUACACAAGCCAAGGGCGCUCUCCAGGCAGUGGCAGCCAGUCCAGUGGAUGGCAUGAAGUGGAGCCAGGAAGAGGAAACUCACUGGUCAAACCCUUGGACACCAGAAUAGUUGCAUGCAGUUUCCCAGGGAGCCAGAUAGCUCUAAAGCUUCCCAGAUAUCUAAGAAACCCCGAACACCGCGGAGCACUUCAUGGAAUGCCAUCGCCAACUACAUUAAAGAAGUCAGAGAAGUCUGGUUUCAGCAGUCCCUCGCCUUCGCAGACCUCCUCCCUUGGAACGGCUUUCACACAGCACCAUCGACCUGUCAUUACAGGACCCAGAGCAAGUCCACAUGCAACACCAUCGACUCUUCAUUUUCCAACAUCACCCAUUAUUCAACAGCCUGGGCCAUACUUCUCACACCCAGCAAUCCGCUAUCAUCCUCAGGAGACUCUGAAAGAGUUUGUCCAACUUGUCUGCCCCGACGCUGGUCAGCAGGCUGGACAGGUGGGGUUCCUAAAUCCCAAUGGUAGCAGCCAAGGCAAGGUGCACAAUCCAUUCCUUCCUACCCCAAUGUUGCCACCACCACCUCCGCCACCAAUGGCUAGGCCUGUGCCUCUGCCAGUGCCAGACACAAAACCUCCAACCACAUCAACAGAAGGAGGGGCCACCUCUCCCACUUCUCCAACCUACUCGACACCCAGCACCUCCCCCGCAAACCGAUUCGUCAGUGUUGGACCACGGGAUCCAAGCUUUGUAAAUAUCCCUCAACAGACUCAGUCCUGGUACCUGGGAUAAAAGUCUCCGCUUCCCACCACGCACCGGACAGACCACCAGACCCCUUCCCACCUCUGUAACACGGAAGCAGCAGCAACGCAGCGCAGCGACUUCACAUCGGCGGAAGGGGAGGCGAGCAGACACCGACAGCAAACUCGUACAUGGAAAUGGCAAACGUUAUGGUUGAAUGGCAAAGGCCGUAACUUUCUCUCGAGAUUUGAUUUUAAUUUUUCUUUUAUUUUUUUUUAAUUUUUUUUUCUUUUUUUUUUCUUUUUUUUUUUUUUUUUAGACAACUUUAGGACUGUUGUAAUUUCUCAAAUGGUGCUGGAAAUGGUUGGGCUUCAUAACUUUUGAAGUGUUUCAUUGGUAGUGUAAGCGUUAGGUGACACUGAGUAGAACUAGCCUCUGCUGCUGCUUACCAACUCGCUGUUGUAACACACUUUCCAUAUGGAGCCUAACUGUUUUACAGUAUCCUCAUCGGAUUUUCCCAUACAGGUGUGAGACUUCUUGAGAAAUCAUGAAACACACUUAAACUAUAACUUUUGUAGUAGCUGAAUUCUGCAAUAUAUAACUUACCGGACAGACAUAGAGCAUGUUUUUUUUUUUUUUCUGUAACAUAUCGGGGAAAAAAAAAAAUGCAGGUUUCUUUUUUUUGUUGUUAUUGUUGUUGGGGUUUUUUUUUCUUUUUUUUUUUUUUUUUUUUUACAGUCGGCACUUAGAGACGUAACAUGAACCAUAAGAGCAUUGUCAACAAUUUUUUUCCACUCGAUUGCAGAGCGAUUUAAAACAUCAAACUACUACUAUUCACUAAAAAAAAAAAAAAGAAAAAAAAGAAAAAAGUUUGAAAUGCUGCACUUACAUUUAAAAAAAAACAUUUUUCAACAAUUUUCAACAAUUACACAAAAAUUCACGCAGAAAUGGGGAAGUUGGUCUGUUUUGACAGAAACUGACAGGAAUCAAUCAAAACAAUCGAAUUUUGAAUUGAGUAAAGUGCAAUUUCAUUGGAUAGCUAAAUAUCUUUGUAAGAUAGAGAUUGUUGAAAAUUCUAUUUUUGUUUUCCAAGUCCUUCCACCCCAGGACUCUAAAUUAUUGGGGUAAAAAACAGCCUUGCAAGAAAAAGGGGAGCUAUUUUUGCUUUUUAUGUUUUUUAUUGUUGAACUUGUAUCCCUUUAAAACUGAAGGAAAAUUAAAAAAAAAAAAAACAAAUCUAAUGGUGCUUUUACCACAAUAUGUUAACUACAUUAAAUGCUAAUUAAUCAUUUUCUGUUAUCAAAGCACAUAACUAAAAUGAAAUCAUAAUAUCUGUUAAUUUUAUAAGCUAAAAGUCACUAUAAUGGAUUAUGCCAAUUCUGACAAAUUUUACGUGUUUCCGGCAAUAUAGGGUUUAUCAGUUCUCAAACACCUUGGGAAUAAGAGAGAACGGUCCAGAAAGUAAAACACCUUCGUGUCCCUGAACUGGUACAUUUUCUGGACUGUGAAGAAAUCAUUACAGAAACGAACGAUGCUGAUCUUCUUACAACUUAUGCCAGUUCAAAGCAAGGGCACUUGCUGAAGAAGAAAAAAAAAAAAAAAAAAAAAACAAAAUAAGUAGAAAAUGGAAAAAAAAAAAAAAAAAAAAAAAAAAAAGAAGUUUGGACCCCAAACGUCCUGUAUCUUAUGUACAAAAAAAAGGAAAAAAAAAGAAAAAAAAAAGAGUGCAAGUGAUUUUUUCUAUCAGACAGCGGAGCACCCCUUUGCUUCACAUGCAACUUUAAGAAGGUUUCCUAUACUAUACAUAUAUAUACGUUCUGGUUGGCAAGUCCAGCUAAUCAGAGAAAGUCUCUGCAUGUUCUAGUGUUAGUAACUAAUUUUUAUAUAGUUAAUGUAGGGUAAAGUAGAGUGCAUUAAGACACAAUAUUGUAAUCCCUAUUCCAGGCACUUGCCUUUAAACUAUGUUUGUUCGACCCUUCAGAAGGGUUUCUACUACUGUCCUAUACAAUCAAGUAACUGAAAUUCUUGGGAAGACACUUUGCUCCUCAUCUUUUCCCUGAAACGAUGUUUUGUUUUGUUUUCUUAAUUUGCACGAAACAAAAAAAAAAAAAAAUUCCAUAUCAAUGUGCCUUGCCCUGGAUAGCGAUUAUUUGUGGAAUUGUUGCACAUGUUCCUAUAUUGAAAGGGGUUUUUCCCUAGUCAAGCAUUUGGAGACACUUUUUGUAAAUGUGACUUUUAUGUCAGCCAUUGUCAGUUCCAACAUCUAGAAUUAAAUAGGAUGUUAGUUGUUCCGCAGAUAGGAGUAGUGUUUAUUGUCCUGUAUGGUCAGUGGCAGUGCUAUUCUGAGAUCUGUAGAUGCUAGAUUAUCAGUAUUUUUGGAUGUUGCUGCAUUUUACCUUUUAUUUGGAGUCUUCCUUUUUUUGUUUUGUUUUCUCCCAGAUAUAUGAAAAUAUGCAAUACCUGCUUAUAUCAUGUAGAAAAGCUUAGCAAUUAUUAAUUUUUCUUUUAAUUUUUUUUUAUUUGACCAAAGUUGGUGCUGCACUUGACGCAGUGUGUUUUAGGUGUUUGUCUUUGUACUUUUGUGAUUUUUGAAUGCACAUGCAGGAAGGGCUCUUCUUAGAGAAGCAGUCAAACUGUGAAGCACUAAGCUGAACCCUGCUUCAAGCAAUUUUUGUUUUACAACUGUUCCUUUCACAAGCAAGCCUUAAAAAAAAAAAAAACUUCCUUUUUCUUCAGAUCCCACACCCAUUUUUAUUAGCAGACUGCAAUCAAUCCACAUUCAAUAAAAGUAUAUAAUGCCCAUUUUUAUAUGCACGUUUUUAAACUUCCAAGUUCUGAAAAUUGUUUACUGGUUAUUCUCUAUUUAAGGAAAAAAUAAAAUGUUUUGGAUUUUCAUAUGUGUCUGAUAAGUGGUUGAGUAGUCAUUUUGCUCUAUUGUAUUGUGUGAUUGUUAGUAUAUGGUAUCACAUCCUCUAGCCAGCAUCCUUUGCCUUCCCUAUAGCACUUAGCUGGGCAUUACUUUAUUAAGACAUAUGUGCACUAAAAAAAAAAAAAUAGCAGCUUUCAGUGCUUCACAGUGAAGGGAAAAAAGCCUAGACAAACAUUUUGUCAGAACCUUGCUAUGAGACAAGGUAUUACCAGUAAAUUGGUUGUAUAUACAAUAAAAUUGCACCCUUUUUUAAACAAAACAAACUAAGCAAUAGUUUGGGCAGUUAGUUGUUUUUAGUGAGCAUGUUGUAGUCAUGGCUGCAAAGAGAGAGAAUUAAACUGCCCACUCAGAAGAUAUGUAAUUUGUAUGUUGUAUAGUUUUAUUGAUUACACUGAUUUAUUCUACCCUAUUUUAUAAUGCAGGACUUUUGUAAUGUUGUUUAAAUGAGGAAAAAUUUCUGUCAAAUUAGCUUAGUGGAAUUUCUGAUUGUUCGUUAUAAAGGCAGCGUUCAUAGAAUUGCUUUUUUUUUUUUUUUUCCUUUGGGAACUGGAUUUAAGUUAAAAACUUUCCCGUUUCCUUUUUUUGUAUGUAUUUAAAUACAGUUAUUUUUCUUCUCUCAAUGGUAUAGCAUAUUCCUAUGCUUGAGAAGUAUAGGCUACUGAAGAACCAUUGUAAAUGGACAUUACAGGUAUGCUGUAUUUUUGAAGGUAUUUUUGUCAUAUUAAGUUUGAUGACGCUAAAGUUAGGGAACUCUGAGCAGAAUUGCGAGAAAAAAAAAUGUUUUAAAGGCUUUAAAACAUUAGGUAGGAGGUCAAGGGUGUUAACCAACAGGGGUUGUAAAGUAUUACACACUAAAUUCAGUUUGCGUUCACCUUCCUCUCACGCAGGAAACGCGGCAGUUCCGUUCUGUGCAGGUGUAGAGAACAAACAGUGUUGUAGUCCUCCUUCAGAGGAGCGGGGAGGCGAGCAGGGAUGGGCAGGAGGGAUGGAGCAUCCAUCCCUCCCUCUCUCCAUCCCUCCAUCCAUCCAUCCAUCCAUCCCUGGAUGGUGGCGCCGUGCGGGCGGCGGCAGAGCCCCGGCCCCGCGCCGGGCGCUCCUUUGGAGUCACCCAAAAACUUUAUUUUGUUUUUUUCUUUUUUUUCCUCCCCGCCUCCUUCUCUCCAGAACUGUCAGACGCACAAAUUCUCUGACCUGUGCCCACCCCGCCCACCCAAAUUUAAAGCCCUAGGGAUGGCUUAGCGCGAAUUGACUUUUUCCCGAGUUAAUUCCUUUCUUGUUUCCCCACUUUUUUCGGGUUUUUUAAAAAAAGAUUUUUUUUUUUUUUGGAGCGAGGGCACUUGCUUUUCUCAUGCCGCACACCCCAGCAAUGCCAUUAUUAUUUAUUCUUCUUCCUUUAUAACAAAAAAGACUUUCGGGCUUCGAGUUUAGGCAGCCAUGGUACACUUUGUCUCUGUUGCUUGUUCCCCCUCCCCUUAAGGUCGAAGGGGAAAAGAAACACCAAGUUUUCUCAACUCCACAGUAUUCAGUCAGCCCACAGGAAUAUGCAAAAUCCCUCUAACAUUUUUUUUUUCUUUCUCUAGUUCUCUUUGUUCCGUAUAUUUGCAGCUUUGUAGUAACAGUGUUAUAAAAUAUUUACUGUACAAAAAUACAAAAAAACCCAGAUACAUAGCCUAAAACAGUUUUUUUUUCCUUGUGGUGAAUUAUUUUUUUUUAAGAAUGUCAGUUAAUAUUGUACUUUGCAUUGUGUCUCUGGAAAUAUCUUUUUUUUUUCUUUUUUUUUUAUUGGUAGAAGGCCUCCAUCGAACAAAAUUAAAACCAUAACCGGCAUGACAAUGUAAGGAGAGCUUCAAUGGCACCUAAACAAUAAAUAAAUAACAAAAAUCAACCUCAUGAGGUCUGUCGGAGGCAGGUCUUGUGAAGUUAACACUGCCUGCUAGGCAGGAUUUUCAUUAAAUCAAGCUUACAAUGCCAAUUUUGUCUUGAAGUCAAUGCAUGUAUUACUGUUUGACAGUAAACCCAGCUAUGCCAUCAUCAAGUCCAAGGCUGCGCAAUAGUCUAAUUAGUAUCGAGUACAUUUUCCUUUUAUUUUUUCCAAUAAAAAAGCAGUGGGAUGAAAAUUGCUUUGAUAUAUAGCAGGUAACAUUGAAGCUAUUCCAUAGCACUUAACUGUAGUGAAUACUGUGUCACCAAUUCUGAAAUCAAUUUAAUGUUUAAUGCAAAUCCAUUACAUGGUGCUAUUACAGGCUGGCAAAAUGAUUUACAAAAAUGUGACAACUUGGGCUCAAUUCACUCUGCUUUCCAACAAUGUAAAUGCAUAGCAGUGUUUAUCUGCAUGAAAACUAUGCACUAAUCUAUCUGAAAAAAAAAAAAAGAAAAGAAUAUAUCAACUUUGGUAUCUACUUUCCGUUUACUUCGAUCCUUGCCUUUUCGGUCAUUGUUAUAAUGCCAGCUUUAGGACAGAAAGAAUUAUAAGAAAACCAGCAUAAUACCUGAUAUAUUAAAAUGUAGUGCCUGUGAAAUCUGUAUUAUAUUGCUCUUCUGAAGUAAGAUUUUUCUACACCGGUAGCCUUCGCUGUCUGUCAGAACCUUCUGAUAUAGGUGAUGUAAAAUAACCGUACAAUAUUAAUGCAUGCUAUUCCAUAAUGCUUAGUAGCUGUAUGAAUAUUACUCAAAGUUAUGUUAGUCUUUUUUUCUGACUUGGUUCUUGUCAGAUAGGUUUAAAGAUAUUUCACUGAGAACGCAAAUUCUGUCUUUAUUGAUUUGGGGUGUUUUCAGUAUUUUGGAGGUAUACAUUUACUUAAAUUCAGUAUUACUUGUGUUUUGGGUUUUUUUUCUUUUUUUUCUUUUUUUUUCCUUUUCUUUUUUUUUUUUUCUUUUUUUUUUUUUUUUUUUUUUUUUUUUUUUCCUAGAGGGCAGGACAUGGUGUUUGAGACCAGAAAUCCGUGCCUGGUAAGAAUUUUCGUCUCGAAAAGCUACCCUAAGAAUUCAGAGAGCUUGCUCUGAAGAACAGUUCAAAUUGAAGGGACAGUCCUUUAAAACCCACAAACGAGACCGAGCUCAUGUUGCGAGAGAUUUCUUAAUGGGCAGCGGUGAACCAGGUACCCAUGCUUGACCCUUCUUCACACCAGACUUCCUCAUAUAGAAAGAAAAAAACCCUUUUAAAAAAAAAAAAAAAAAAAAAAAAAAAAGAAAAAAAGAAAAAAAAAACCUCAUGUGGUUGUUUAGUUUCAUGCACAGUUGCAAUAUUUUUCUUCAAACAAAACUCUGUACAAAACUUUGGGCCCGAUUCAUAAAAGCUCCUUUGCUAUUAACACGGGAGGCUGGUGGGCUUUUCUCCUCCAAAAUUGAGGGUGGGCUUCGCCCUGGCGAGCCCCGCUGGCCCUGCUCUCCCUCCCCUUCCCCUCUCCGGCUCCCCCAGCCCCGCGGAGCCCAGGAACGGGUGGGAAGGGGCCGUGGAGGAGGCGAGGCAGGACCAUGCUCCGAGCCCCAGAGGUGCAGGUUGGCAGGAGGAAAAGGAAAAGGGGGAGGACGGCUCCGGCCUCACAAAAGAGAUCUUGUCCAGAACAAAACGCUCUCGAUCGCUACCUCUGAGCUCUAGAGAAACCCUCCGUCGCCCGCAAUGUGAACUUUUGUACUUUGGAUGCUUUUUUUAUUUUUUUUUUUUUUUAAUAGGGAAGACUGUUUUCCACUUAGUUAAUCUUCUAUGCUCGAGCAUGAACAAAAACAAUUGUGUUGGGUGAAAUUCCACCCCCCCACCCCCCUUUUAUCUGCAUCCACAAAUUAAUAUGAGGGGAAAAACAAAAGGAAGAUGAGUUUCUAGACGGAGCAUGGUAGGGCGAGAGUGCCCGGCUCGGCAUCCGCCACCGACGCCGCUCGUCCUUGUUGCACCUGCUGCCUUGGGGACAGGGCCACGAAAUUCUUGGGAAAUACAAUCAAGGAGAAAUCUCCAUUUUGGCCGGCUGUGCAGGUUCUCCUGAGCUCUGCCCCAGCCCAGCCCAGUCCCUCAGUGGCGGGUUGAGACUCGAGGCGCUAAAAUUUCCACCGGCCGUGUGAAAGAUCUGCUGCAAAUUCACUUGACACCCGUGUUAAUACCAUGUCGUGUUCAUUUUUUUUUUAUGAGUCAGGCCCCUCGUGCCUCUAGUAUACUUGUAUUGACUCUCAUAGUUACCAUUUUAGUUUUACUGUGUUCUGUGAAAAAAAUUGUAAUUGGUUGAGAAUCACUGUGGGCAUCCAUUCUUAUUCAACUAAGUCUCCGCAGGUUUUUUGAGCUGGUGUGGAUUAGUUUAACUCUUGUAUUCAACCAUUAGUGCUACCACCUUCUCACAUUACAAUACAAUUACUGGAAGCAAGUACUGCAUUUCCUAUGCAACAAAAAAGGAAAAUAAAAAAUUGCUAAUGCUAA